CAGAGAGUGAGAGUCGCGAAAUUCGUACGCUGCAUGGUUUUUGGAACUUCAAGAUUUCUCCUUUAGAUGACCAAUUAAAGGGUUUCACCGAGUUAUGGUAUACAAAACGAUUUGAUGAGGAAUACUGCGUCCUUUAAACAUAUAUCAAAUCAAAGGUUAUGUUAUAUACUAUCAAAUGAAAAAAAAAAUUUGUCUCGACAUGUUAUCUUCUAUGUGGAAAUGGCUGUGGAAAAUUAAAAAAAAAUAUUUGCAUCGAAGCGUUUUUUAUGAUAGUGAUUUUAAUCACUGUCAGAUAUCAUCUAUACUGGACCCAAUUAUGCCACGACCCCAUUGUGCCGCCACCCUACUGUGCUGGGUUUUUUUAUAUAAGAAAUUUGCCAAAAGUUUUUUUGAUAACUUUAAGUAGUCUCGGAGACUAUUUUAAAAUUCCUGUACCAUCGAGUUACAAUGAUGUGACAACAAAUAUGACAAUUAGAGAUUAUGUGGGUUGGUAUUGGUAUCAACGAGAAUUUUUUGUACCAAAAAGAUGGACUACUGAUCAACAAAAUGUUUUUAUACGAUUUGGAAGUGUUAAUUUUAAAUCUAUCGUGUGGCUAAACGGAUAUAAAUGCGUAGAACAUGUAGGAGGACAUUUGCCAUUUAUAUGUGACGCGACUUCUCUACUUAAGUAUGGUGAAAUGAAUUUGAUCGUUGUUGCUGCAGAUAAUACUUUAAGAGCUGAUACAAUACCACAAGGAUAUGUAAUUUAUCCUAAUGAUACAUAUAAGUAUCCUAAUGGGUAUCGAAAAUAUUCUCAUGAUUUUGAAUAUUUUGAUUAUUCUGGAAUUAACCAAGCUGUUUAUUUGUACACAACACCAAAAGUUUAUGUAUGCGAUAUUACAGUGAAUACUAGUUCUAAUAAAAAUGGAAGUGGUAUUGUAAUUUUUAAAGUCGAUAUUUGUGGUGGAAACAACGAGAAAUGUGAAAUAACACUUUUGGAUUCAAAUCGCACCGCAGUUGCGUCAAUGCAUACAUGUAUUGGUCAGUUUUCAGUUCCAAAUGCUAUUUUAUGGUGGCCUUUUAUGUCUGGAAAGGACCAGAUUGCGUAUAUGUAUACGUUUCAAGUAAAAAUUGUGAAUGAAAAAUAUGAUGUCUAUAGGUUGCCUAUUGGCAUUCGAACUCUACAAUGGACGUCUAAAAAAUUAUUAUUAAAUGGCGAAUCAAUUUAUUUAAGAGGAUUCGGAAAGCACGAAGAUUCUAUAGUAAUUUUAUGUUUGCGCGGCAGAGGAUACGACGAUGUAUUGAGUGUAAGAGAUUUUAAUUUAAUCAAAUGGUUAGGCGCUAACUCUUUCCGGACAUCUCACUAUCCAUAUGCUGAAGAAACACUUCAACAAGCCGAUUUUGAAGGAAUAAUGGUGAUCUUGGAAAGUGCAGCUUGUGCUAUAAAAAAAUUUGAUUCUGCAUUGUUAGAAUCACAUAAGGUAUCAAUGACAGAAAUUAUCCAAAGAGAUAAGAAUCAUCCUAGUAUCAUAAUGUGGUCUCUGGCAAAUGAACCUGAAAACAACAUAAACGCUUCAAUAUCAUAUUUCCAAGAACUGUAUAAUCAUGUUCGUAAAUUGGAUUCAUCACGUCCAAUUACAUUCGUUAACAGCCAACAAAUUAAAAAUUCAAAAGCUCUUGAAUACAUGGAUAUUUUAACAGUAAACAGAUACGAUAGUUGGUAUAGUGAUUCGGGGCAUUUAGAACUUAUUCAAUAUCAAGUAUAUAAGGAAGUAGAAGCUUGGAAUAAAAAAUUUGAGAAGCCUGUGUUGAUAACUGAGUAUGGAGCUGGUUCAUUACCAGGAUUACACUCGCUUCCAGAAACAAUGUGGAGUGAAGAUUACCAUGUAACAUUACUAAAUGAGAAUUUUAAGGCAUUUGAUUCAUUAAUAACUGACGGAAUUCCACUUCUUGGAGAAAUGAUAUGGAAUUUCGCUGAUUUUAAAACACCUCAAUCUUACCUAAGACCAGGAUUAUGCAUGAAAGGUUUGUUCACAAGAGAACGACAGCCCAAAAUGGUCGCUUAUACAACCAGAAAUCGUUAUCAUAAGUUUACCAACAGUUCUGCGUGUUUUUCGGAUGAAACAUUUACCUCGUACGUUCUAACUGAAAAUAAUGUUUAUGGAUAAAACUAAAUGAUUUAAUGGGCGUAGUGUGAAUUAAAUGAUUUUAUUAUUAAAUAAAUUAAAUUGAUGAUAUUAAAA